AAAACAUGCCAGAAUCAAUUCAACUACUAGUUCGGAAUCAAUUUUGAUCCAUUUUUAAAUGGAACCAAAUAUUCAUAUAAUGUUAACUUAACUUACCUUCUUUCAUUCCAAUUCUAAAUCCAAAUUUUUUGUCACACUACAAAUACAUUCCCUCUCUCAUUCUCUCUUUCUGCAAUUCCGAUGAUGAUGAUGAUGUUACAGAACAUUCUUUGUUAACAACAACAACAACCUUAACUCUUGUCCAAACCAAAAAACAAAACAACCUUAACCAUUUUCCUUCUUCAUAUACAUACAAUAACUCUUAUCUUGUUUUCUACACAACUACAUUAAAAAAACACAACAUAUACGUGCGUAAACACAAUUAGCAACAACAAUCAGUUACAAAUAAGUAAAUUAAACCAUUUUAAUUAAUGGCGGUUGUUUUUACAUUCACCGCCAUCUUGUUAACGGCGGCGACGGUGAUUGUUUCCGGAUCUCCGGCAACUCUAACGUUGGAAAGAGCUUUUCCGACGAACCACGGAAUUGAGCUUAGUCAGCUGAAAGCUAGAGAUUUGUUAAGGCAUCGUAGAUUGCAGUCUUCUUCAAACGGUGUUGCUGAUUUUGCUGUUCAUGGUACCUUUGAUCCAUUUCAAGUCGGGCUCUAUUUUACAAAGGUGCUGUUGGGUACUCCUCCAGUAGAAUUUUAUGUGCAGAUUGACACUGGAAGUGAUGUUCUCUGGGUCAGUUGCAGCUCCUGCAAUGGUUGUCCGCAGACAAGUGGGUUACAGAUUGAGCUCAAUUUUUUCGACCCUAGGAGUUCAUCAACAUCAUCGUUAAUAUCUUGUUCUGACAAAAGGUGCAAUAGUGGAAUACAAUCAUCAGAUGCAACCUGUUCCGGUCAGACCAACCAGUGCUCUUACACUUUCCAGUAUGGAGAUGGUAGCGGAACCUCAGGCUAUUACGUGUCCGAUACGAUGCAUUUGGAUACUAUUUUUGAGGGAUCUGUGUCUACAAAUUCUUCAGCUCCUGUAGUUUUUGGUUGUAGUAACCAGCAGAGUGGAGACUUGACAAAAUCUGACAGAGCAGUUGAUGGUAUAUUUGGAUUUGGGCAACAGCAAAUGUCUGUGAUCUCACAGCUCUCAUCACAAGGGAUUGCUUCUGGAGUAUUCUCUCAUUGUCUUAGAGGAGAUAGCUCUGGUGGAGGAAUUCUGGUUCUUGGUGAGAUUGUGGAGCCUAACAUAGUUUAUACUCCACUUGUUCCAUCACAGCCUCAUUACAACUUAAACCUACAGAGCAUAUCUGUCAACGGCCAGGCAUUGCAAGUCGAUCCAUCAGUUUUUGCAACAUCAAGCAACAGAGGCACCAUUGUUGAUUCUGGAACAACUUUAGCAUACCUUGCAGAAGAGGCUUACGAUCCCUUUGUCAAUGCGAUUACAGCUACCAUACCACAAUCUGUACGUACGGUUGUUUCCAGGGGAAAUCAAUGUUUCUUAAUCACUGACAGUGUCAGUGACAUAUUUCCUCAAGUAAGUCUGAACUUUGCUGGUGGUGCAUCUAUGGUUUUAAGACCACAGGACUACCUUAUACAACAGAAUUCUAUUGGUGGUGCAGCAGUGUGGUGUAUUGGCUUUCAAAAAACCCAGGGUCAAGGGGUAACAAUUCUAGGAGAUCUCGUAUUAAAAGACAAAAUUGUUGUUUACGAUCUGGUCGGUCAACGCAUUGGAUGGGCUAACUAUGACUGUUCUUUGACAGUUAAUGUCUCUGCUUCAACUGGCACCGGCAGAAGUGAAUUUGUGAAUGCUGGAGAGAUAGGUGGAAGCAAUUCUUUACAUGACGGACUUAAGUUGUCAAAGACAGGGUUUAUAGCACUCUUUGUAACACUGUUUUGCAGCUUUGGUUUUUUAUAGUAUCUAUAUAUACAUUGUGAGAGAUAGAUCUAUUAUUCUUUCUCCUAUGUAUAUUCUAUUUCCACUGUAUAUCUGUGAUAAUUGGAGAGACCACAUAUUGUUUUCAAUAUUGCUUGUGUGCACAAUAGGGUUUUCAGGUUUAGCUUUAGGUGAUUCUUUAGGACACUAUCAGUCUUGUAGAAUCUAAUCAUUACUUCACAUGAUUAUUGAUUGAAUUGCUUAUACAAGUUAUAUAAUAUAGUUUUUGUUUUUUUAA